UUCAAUGAUUUUUAUUUAGUUUAAAGUUUGUGUUAUUCAUUUUGGCAUUAUUAAAACAAGAACUGAUAGCAGCAAAAAAUAAACAAACCCGGCGUAGCUACGUGUAGUUUUGUUUGAGAUCUUUUGCGAUAAAUUUAAGUAUUCGUUUGAGUGUGAGGCUUUAUUUAUUAAAUUUUAAUCAAAAUGGAAACUCUAUACAGUUUACCUUUUGCAGUCCUAGAAAUUCCAUGCUUAAAACUUAAAAGACCGUCAUGGUUUCAUAAACCAAGUGCUAUGUUUGUUUAUGCUCUAGUAUUAAUUUCUUACUUUUUGGUUUGUGGAGGUGUCAUUUAUGAUGUAAUUGUUGAACCACCAAGCAUUGGAUCUACAGUGGAUGAAUUUGGCCAUUCUCGACCAGUAGCCUUUUUGCCGUAUCGUGUAAAUGGGCAGUAUAUUAUGGAAGGUUUGGCUUCAAGCUUUUUAUUUACUAUGGGUGGCCUUGGAUUUGUUAUAUUGGAUCAUACGCAUAAUCCUAAUACUCCAAAACUAAACAGGAUACUUCUUAUCUGUGUUGGAUUCAUCUGCAUUUUAGUGUCUUUUGCAACUUGUUGGGUAUUUAUGAGAAUGAAACUUCCAGGUUACUUGCAAUAAAAAGGAGCUUAAUAGCCUGUUAUGAUCUACUUAUGAACUUUUAUUAUUUUCUAAUAAAAAACUUAAAUAUUGAA